AAUGUGUGGUUGCAAGGGUGUGCGCACUUCCCCCAUUAAGUCCCGUGAAUGUGACGCAUAGAAUAUUUGCUUGCUUUAUUAUAUGUAUGUACCUCAAGUAAAGCUCUGUGCAAUUCCAAUAAUUAUUAUACAGUUCCUCACUAUGGCAGAGGAAUCUAAGCCUAAAUGGGAAGGUAAAUCCGUGACUGAGCUACCAGGCACGGAUGCAGAACAAGUAUGGACUGCGUUAGAGGAUUUCUGCAACCUACACAAGUGGUGGCCCAUAGAAACAUGUUACCAACUAGAGGGUGUACCAGGUCAACCUGGUCUAAUCCGCUACUGUGCUUCCACCGUUGAAGAAGCUGUUGUUGGUGCUCAGAAGACAACAACAACCAUCAAGUGGACCAAAGAGAAGCUACUCGCGAUCGAUCCCGUCCAACGUUGUUUGUCCUAUGAAAUUGUGGAAAACAACAUGGGAUUUAAGUCCUAUGUGGCAACACUCAAAGUGCUGCCAAUGAAUGGAGAUGGGUGCAAGAUAGAUUGGGGGUUUGUCUGUGAUCCUGUUGAAGGGUGGAGUUUCCAAGACUUGAAGUUAUACCUUGAGUCUUCUCUUCAGUCCAUGGCCAAGAAGAUUCAGCUUGCAUGUAGUAGCACUAGCACACACUAGGUAGAGUGAAAAUUGAGAUUUGGGAUUUCAUAUGAGAAUAAAUCUUGCUUUUAUCUUAUUUCUAUUUCCUGAUUGUGUUAUAGAUGUUUUAGUUUUUCAUCCCAUUGAGUCCAAUCAGUGCUGAUCCAUUAGUUCUUCUUCA